AUGUUACGCCUGCACGUGGAUGACUAUUCGCCAAAAUACUACAGUGGCAAAUGGUCCUGGGACUGGAAGAAGGACGCCCUACACUUUGAGCCGCACAAUGAUCUAUCAGAUGCCAAGGAGCGGUACAUCACCACGAAUUCCUUCAAGUUUCUCCGAACCAUGAACCAGGAGGAAGAGCUCGUUUUUCGGCAUGUUUUCGCAAGAGCCGAUACGACUUACGAUACCAAUUCGGUGGUGCUCAACGAUAUACGAGAUCUAGUACUGUUUUUCAUGCCAAGUGAGUUUCUGUCAUACAAAUUUGUUGAAUUCAUGCACCAUCGGGCGGUGUAUCACCUCCUUCAUUCGCUGACCAUCUACUUUGAGUACUACCUCCGAAUGGUGGAGUUCGUAAUGAUACGACGAGAUGAACUUUCCGGACAAAUGGGCCAGAUUCAAAGCGAGCAAACGAAUGAUAUGAAGCGGGUAUUCUCUGUAUAUUUGAGUCAAUAUCGGAUGCUCGUGGCACGCAACUACAGCAUAAUCGUCAAGGCAGAAGGUGACUUAGGAAAGUUUUACCACAUGAAGGUGGUCAACAUUUCGGCCACCAUUUGGGAGAAGAACUUCCACGAGCAGUUACUCGCAUGCAGCACUCAGAUCGUGUGGAUUGCGAUGCAUCGCAGGGCCUACAAUAUCAUCGAAAUGGAGAUGAAUCGCUUGUUUCGCUCCGAUCACUUUGUCACGGCUCGAACAGAGUAUCCCACCUUCUCGCCAGUGGAGAGGAGCCUCCUUUACGGACGGAGCUCCAAGAACAUGAACUAUCGCAAGCAGGUGUCGCCCCUCAUUCAGGAGUUGGAGAAUCCCAAGGAGGAGGACCUGCCCAUUCUGUGGAUCGGAGAACGCAAAUAUCGUGGCACUAACAUUCGCAUAAUGGAGAUCGAGCUGGAGUACAUUGUGCCGCCACCGCAACUCCGCCUGAUCGACGUGGCCCAUGGUAUUUUGGGGCAUCCCAGGAAGCUCUACAACACCAUCCUGGAACUGGAUUGGUCUGCGGUGCGGUACUGCAACUUAUCGAUGAAACAUGACCCCUAUUUCAUGGUUCGACAGCCCCGUCUUAAGAUCCCCAAGAUGGAUGAAAUGAAGAGGCACCAAAUGGCGGAGACCUACGAAAGUUUCUACAAAAUCAACGAGAUAUACGAUCUUCCUUCCCAUGCCAUCUACUUAAAGUGGGUGAAACGCGACAAACUCCUCGAAAACUAUCGUGCUGGAGGCCUGCUUACGAGUAACUACCUGCGAGCCGAGAACGAGUUGAACAGGACGAGCCUCGGGCCCAGCGUCGAUCAGAUUAUUUCCAACUACAGGAAGGCCAUGGUCAAGCAUCGCAAGCGUUAAAUUGUUUUUCCUUCAAUUCCAUUUUCAUGGUUCAGCAUAUUCGUUGUAUGUUUCGUGUCUAUUUGUAUACUUUUUAUAUAUUUG